AUGUACCUGGAAAAUCAAAAUCAAAAUCAACUACAACAGCAGCCAAUACGCAACUCCAUUCAUGACUCAAUACCACAUAGCUUGCGACACCAAACCACUACCUCUGCUACCGCAACCGCAAUUACACCCCACCCAAUAAUGCAUCCUCAAAAGUCAGCAACUCCAUCUCCCAAAGCAACAGCAUCUGCCAACUCUUCACUACCGCGAUUGCAAACAUCAGGAUUUUCCAACUAUACCCACGAAAGGCGGCAUCCAGAGUCUGCAAGUACGACAACUCCAUCUUCAUCAACUCGUUUGCACCCAUCUUCAUCAACCUUGCUGUCAACGGCCCAAUCAUCGCCACUGAGGACGUCUCCCAUCUUAAACUCUGAUAACAAAAUAUGCCAAUGGUAUUGUUGCUCUUGCGGACAAUCUUAUGGUUCAGUUUUGUACAAGGAUGACUCAAACAAAAAAGACGGGUUCACUGAACAUCCACAAAUGGCAAACAAUCACCGCACUGAGGCCUCACCUACUGCGUCAACGCGAAACUACAUUUUCGACAGCCUAAAGUACUAUAGUCAAGUUGUUUAUCGGGAUCAUAAGCAUGCGUUGUCAAAUUCACCUACAUUGAUGAAGGCAGACAAUUAUUUUGAAUACAAAGAAAGGCAGUCCAACGGUGAAUACAACCAUUACGCUCAUCACACGCGAGAGCAUGCACAACAGCACGCACAAGAGCAUUCACUAGAAUCUGACGUCAUUGACACACCCGAGAGCCCCAGAUUGAACCCUCACACUCCACUUAUAUCACCGCUCCAUUUGGACUUGAACUCCAGUUCCCAUAGUUUGAUUGAGUAUCAAGAUAGAGCCAUAUUAAGCAUUCCCAGUAGAUUCACUUGCCAUAGAUGCAACCACAUGAUGUGCCCUUAUUGUUUGAAAUUAAGAUUGAAGGAUAUAUAA